ACUAACUCAUUUCUUUCUCUCUCUAUUUUUGUAGCCUUAAGGAGAGUUACGUUAAUAACUUUGUAUUUCCAUCAACAAAGGCUUAGCCUCAUCAAGAAAUUACGCGAUUUUAGAAAUGGGUUCGAAUGAUGGUUCACACGCUGUUGAAUCCAAUCCCUUGGCAAAAACGUCGUGCAAAAGCUUAUUUGUAACGCAAAUUAUACUUAGGAGCUUAGCAUCAAUGUCUGCUAUAGCUUCUAUAUGUUUUAUGGUUAAUAGUGGCCAAUCUACCGAGGUUUUUGGUAUCAUAAUACAAGCCAAGUACAACUACGCUUCAGCGUUCAAGUUCUUGCUUGGUACAAAUAUCGUCAUAUGUGCAUAUUUAGUGCUUUCAAUAAUCACUAUAUGUGCAUUCUAUGCACUAAAAACCAAUUGGAAGGCCUACUUUUCUUUAUUUCUCCAGGAUUUGAUAGCUCUGGUGUUAAUGAUGUCCGGGUGUGCAGCAGCAACAGCAAUUGGAUAUGUAGGGAAAUAUGGGCAAGACCAAACAGGAUGGUCAAAGCUAUGCGACAAUGCCAAAAAAUUUUGCAAUUAUAUUGCCAUUUCUAUUGCCUUGUCAGAUUUCACUUUCAUUUGCCUCUUUGUUCUCACUAUCAUGGCCUUCAAACGAGCUCAACUCAAAUCCUAGAUAACUUAGAAAUGACGAUAUUGUUGCCUCUUUGUUCUCACUAUCAUGGCUUUCAUUUUUAAUUGUAUUUUUUUUUUUUCCGUUUCAAUAUGCUAUGUGCAUGUUCAAAGAGAUAAGAUUUGUAAUUCAUGUAAAUGAAUCGUGUAAGAAAUUGAUUGUAAUUUUCAACUGAUUAUAUAUGUAUUUGUAUGUAUGUGUUUACUAUA